AUGGACACAUGGACACUUCGGCGCUCAUCAUGGGAAGGACAUCACGCCUUUUUCGACCCCGAUAAGGAUAACCUACAUAGCCGCGGCGCGGCUAUCUCCGAGCAACCUAAGAACCGAAAAAAGAACACCGCGGAGCGAGAGAGAGCCUCGCGGCCAUCGACGGCGCUGACCCAGGGCCUGAGUGGAGCGCGAGGUCGCAUGGCGACGGCGUACGAGCUGCUGGGCGUGCCGCGUGACGCGAGCAGCGACGAGCUGCGGCGUGCGUACCACCGGCUGGCGCGCGAGCAGCACCCCGACCGCGCGGCCGGCUCGUUGUCUCGAGCGGCCAGCGUCGAUUUUGUGGCGCUGCAGGAGGCGUGGGAGGCGGUGCGCGAUCCCGAGGCGCGGCGACUGUAUGACGCGUCGCUCCGCGCGGACGAGGCCGCGGCGGCUCGCGUGCGGGCCCGCGCGGCGCCGGUCGACCUGGGGGAGAUGGAUUACGCCGAGGGGAGCGACGGGCAAGGCGUUUGGAGCUACGCCUGCCGGUGCGGCGCCGCCUUUGAGCUGACGGAGCAGAUGCUCUGCGCCGGCAUCGAGACGCUCGAGUGCUCGUGCUGCUCGCUCGCUAUACGGCCGCUGUAUGCGAGAGCGGCGGAGGAUGAGGAACGACACGCUCCAGAGACGUCGAUGCACUGCGGGGCAGGAAUUGAGACGAGAUGAUACAUAGAUAUGUAAAGCUGUAUCUGUGCAUGCAUGUGCGCAUGUGUGCAUGUGUGCACAUGCAAGAGAUCUAAGAGUACGUAUACGUCAGUACGAAUCAAAAA